AUGUCUCAACCUCCGAAGAACCCCGUGACCAGGUCACAGAAGGCAGGAGAGGCGGAACCCGGUAACGGGCCACCAGCAACCUCAGCGGCAGCCCCGAUGAAUCCCAACCCAACGGGGGAGACCAGCACGACCUCGUCUAAAUCUAAAGACAAUGGGGCAGCCGAAGCGGCGCAACCCCCGAAAGCCCCUGGCAAGGGCCCCGCGGCAAAAGAUAGAUCCAAAAGUGCCAAGUCCGGUGCGGUGAUAGACGUGGACGCAAACCCAGCCCAACCACCGACGCUACCCGACUCAAUCCCACCAACCUUGUUGAGCGCUUUAGGAACGGACUACAUCAAGAGCCUCGGCUCCAAACCUGUUGAAUCGUUGAAUAAACCAAUCGCGGUCAAGAACCCCCUAGCUGGCAGCGCAACCCCCGCAGAAAUCCGCCCACCGACAGGCGCGUCGGAAGAGUGCAAGCGGAUCGGCAUCAAAGCGAUUGAAGCCGAGCUAGCAGGUGAAACGGCAACGGCGAACGCCUUGUUCAACCUCUACAAAGCCAUGUCAACCCCAAAGGCCGAUGCCCAUCUAGCCAACUCAGUGCGAUCUAACGCUUUCUCACACCGAGUCAGCGUUGGCGGCGUGGAGUCCAUCCCGGACAUUUCCGUCCUGCGAGAAGACAUAGCAGCCAUCUGCUAUGCGCAGUGCCGCAAGUUCGACGAGUUGGGCUUCACGGACAACCCCUACGCUAAAGACGGCCCGAGAUCCAACUGGGAUCCCCUCACGGGGGCACCGAUCACCGGCAGAGCCGGAGCAAAGACCUACUCACCAAACCCCAACCCGGGCCCCGGAGGGGGAGGAGGAAGGGCGCGCUACGAGAAGAAGUCAGGCUAUAAGGGCUCAAACUUCGACCCAAACUAUGUGGACAAGCGAGCGAACAACUCGGCCAACAGGGACCGCGGAAACUCCAACAACAACGGCUCAGACGGCCCCAACCACAAAAAGGCUAAUCACGGAACAAAGCCCAGCGGAGAAACCAACGCGUAG